CUAGUAGAUUUGUCUUAGGAUUCAAUCUCGGAAUAUAGACUACAAAUAUCUGCAUUUCAUCAUUUAUAAAAGUCGGAACAUUAAAGAAUAUCAAAUUCUACGGACCCUGGACCCAAUUUUAGAAUGGAAGGAAAACUUUGGAGACAUCAAUUCACAAAGCAUUAAAUGAAUGCUAUGGCCUCCUCGUCUUCCGCCUCUACAGAGGAGACGACAAAUGCCUGUAGAGCCUGCCGACUUCUCCUGGGUCCGUGUACAGAUGAGUUACGUGAUGUUUUAUGUCACUAUGUACCACCGUCAACAUUUCCACACGUCAUUAAAAUUAAGAGGAGUAAUCUCCCCCGUCUGACAGCUCAACAGAUGAAUCUUAUUUUACCUAGAGGUAUUAGUUAUACAGGAAACUAUCAUGAUAUGGACAUUUCAUUAUUGUACAUACUACUUAGAAACAUUUGUGGUAUACCACCACACAGCAAUGGCUGGGGAUAUGAUCCAGACCCUAUAGAUCGAUCUCUCUCUGCCAACAUUGAGAGAAUCCGUAUUGCCAGAAAUCAGUGUGUACAUUCUUCUAGCCCCGUCCUCUCCAAUGCUGACAUUAACACGAUCUGGUCCACUGUCAGAUCAGCAGUUGUGGACCUUGAUUCUUUCCUUAGCAAUGGGAACCAGUAUGAAAGGGAGGUGGACUUUUUGAGACAAGAGACAAUGGACCCUGUUAGCGACCGCCAUUACAUAGAAGAAUUGAGGAAACAAGCUGAAGAAGAUGCAGAAACAAGAAAAAUGUAUGAAAAAUUGGAAGAGAGUGAAACUGAGAGAAAUGAGAAUCACAAUGAAAUAUUGAAAAUUGUUGAUGAAAUAAAAAAACCAAAGUCUGUAAUUCCUCCAAAUGUCAAAGAUGUUUUUGAAAAAGAUGUCAUACGAUGGAAAGAGGAAGAUGGGGUUUACAGUGAAAGCCACGGUUUCCCUGCAAUGUUGGAUCAAGUCAGAAGUCAACCUUACAUGACAUUUGUUGGUGUCCCGGGAUCAGGAAAAUUGGCAACGAUUCAUCACAUAGCCCUGAUGCUCCAGAAGGAAGAAUACGAGGUUGUACCAAUUAUAGACAUCAGGAAGAUUGAAGAUUAUUCUGACUCUCGUCAUCCACAGGUUUUUGUCAUUGAUGAUGUGGUAGGUGUUUUAGGUCUGCAAAAACAAAAGUUAGAGUCAUUGAUAGACUAUGAAAAAAGAAUUUCAGAUCCGUCCAAUAGAAAUACAAAGGUAUUAAUGUCAUGUAGGGAAGCCGUGUUUAAUGAAUGUUACAAAUCAUUUUUCUCAAAUGAAAAUAACACAAUUAAGAUGCAUAGUUCCGAAAAUGUAUUGAACGAUGAAGAUAAGAAAGCGAUCCUUCAGAAACACGGCAUAGAUAGAGAGUUGUUGACCCCUGCAAUACUGGGAGACACAUUGGGUAUGUUUCCUCUGUUGUGUAAACUAUAUUCAAAAGAGGAGAAAUUUAGAAACAAUGUUUAAAGGUUCUUUACCUGUCCAGCCGCAUGUAUUUUAGGUCAAUUUGACGAAAUGCAAGGGCGAAAUAGAUUAUGCUAUGCUACAUUGGUUUUGUGCAUGUUAAAUGACAAUAAACUAUCACAAGAAAUAUUGAAAAACACAGGGAACGGUGUUUUCUGCGCAAUGAAAUCGAAAGUACUAGAAAAUUGUAAAAUUGAAAAGGACACUGAUGCAUAUAAAUUUGAAGAGGCAAUGGGAGUUAUGGAGGGUUCAUAUACAAAACUCUGCAGUGCCGAGUGUACAUUUAUUCAUGAUUCUGUGUUUGAAAUUCUUGCAUAUCAUUUUGGUUUUCAGUUUCCAGAAUUGUUUUUACAAUAUAUAAGCAGUAAUUACAUUGCUAAUAAAGUGAAAGUACAAGAAUGUAAAGAAGAAUCCGAGGUUGACAAUAAACACGUUGAGAGUGAAGGGUUUAGUGUUGAGGAGCAGGAAACCUUAAGAAGUGAAACAAUUCAGGACUCAUUUGAACUCUGCAUAAAGUUAAGAGAGGAUCAUGGUGAUUUGGAGACUGUUAAAAUUUUAAUCAAGUAUGUCGAUAUAAAAAUGACUAACAAAAAAACCCAAUAUUUGUUUGAUGAUACACCACUGAUAGCAGCAUGUAAGGGUGAACAUAUGAGUAUAGUGAAGGAGCUUAUAGAAGCCGGAGCUGAUAUCAUUCCACAAGCAGCAUGUAAGGUUGGAUAUAUGAGUGUAGUGAAGGAGCUUAUAGAAGCCGGAGCUGAUAUCAAUCAGCAAGGUAUGAUUGAUACACCACUGACAGCAGCAUGUACGGGUGGAUAUAUGAGUGUAGUGAAGGAGCUUAUAGAAGCAGGAGCUGAUAUCAAUCAGCAAGGUAUAGUUGAUACACCACUGACAGCAGCAUGUAACUGUUGGCAUGUGAGUGUAGUGAAGGAGCUUAAAGAAGCUGGAGCUGAUAUCAAUCAGCAAGGUAUGUUUGAUGAUACACCACUGACAGCAGCAUGUAGAGGUGGACAUAUAAAUGUAGUGAAAGAGCUUAUAGAAGCAAGAGCUGAUAUCAAUCUACAAGGUGCGUUUCAUACACCACUGACAGGAGCAUGUGAGGAGGGACAUAUAAGUGUAGUGAAGGAGGUUGUAGAAGCUGGAGCUGAUAUCAAUCUACAAGGUGAGGUUCAUACACCACUGACAGCAGCACGUGAGGGUGGAUAUAUGAGUGUAGUAAAGGAGCUACUAGAAGCUGGAGCUGAUAUCAAUCAACAAGGUAAGUAUGAUACACCACUGACAGCAGCAUGUAAGGGUGGACAUAUGAGUGUAGUAAAGGAGCUAAUAGAAGCCGGAGCUGAUAUCAAUCAAAAAGAUGGGUAUAAUACACCACCGAUAGCAGCAUGUAAGGAUGGACAUAUGAAUGUAGUAAAGGAGAUAAUAGAAGCCGGAGCUGAUAUCAAUCAAAAAGAAGCCGGAGCUGAUAUAAAUCAAAAAGCUAAGAUUCAUACACCGAUGACAGCAGCAUAUCAGGCUGGACAUAUGAGUGUAGUGAAGGAGCUUAUAGAAGCCGGAGCUGAUAUCAAUCUACAAGGUAAGUUUGAUACACCACUGAUAGCAGCAGUUGAAGUUGGACAUAUGAGUGUAGUGAAGGAGCUUAUAGAAGCCGGAGCUGAUAUCAAUCAAAAAGCUAAGAUUCAUACACCACUGACAGCAGCAUGUGAAGGUGGACAUAUGAGUGUAGUGAAGGAGCUUAUAGAAGCCGGAGCUGAUAUCAAUCAAAAAGCUAAGAUUCAUACACCACUGACAGCAGCAUGUAAGGGUGAACAUAUGAGUGUAUUGAAGGAGCUUAUAGUAGCCGGAGCUGAUAUCAAUCCUAAAGGUACGAAUGAUACACCGCUGACUGCAGCAUGUAGGGGUGGACAUAUGAGUAUAGUGAAGGAGCUUAUAGAAGCCGGAGCUGAUAUCAAUCAAAAAGGUGAGUUUCAUACACCACUGACAGCAGCAUGUGAGGGAGGACAUAAGAGUGUAGUGAAGGAGCUUAUAGUAGCCGGAGCUGAUAUCAAUCAGCAAGAUAGUUGUGAUACACCCCUGACAGCAGCAUGUGAGGGGGGACAUAUGAGUGUAGUGAAGGAGCUUAUAGAAGCCGGAUCUGAUAUCAAUCAAAAAGGUAAGUAUGAUACACCACUGACAGCUGCAUGUAAGGGUGGACAUAUGAGUAUAGUGAAGGAGCUUAUAGAAGCCGGAGCUGAUAUCAAUAAAAAAGGUGAGUUUGAUACACCACUGACAGCUGCAUGUAAGGGUGGACAUAUGAGUGUAGUGAAGGAGCUUAUAGAAGCCGGAGCUGAUAUCAAUCAAAAAGGUAAGUAUGAUACACCACUGACAGCAGCGUGUAAGGGUGGACAUAUGAGUGUAGUGAAGGAGCUGAUAGAAGCCGGAGCUGAUAUCAAUCAACAAGAUGAGUAUGAUACACCACUGAUAGCAGUGUGUGAGGGGGGACAUAUGAGUGUAGUGAAGGAGCUUAUAGAAGCCGGAGCUAAUAUCAGUCUACAAGGAAAGUUUAAUACACCACUGACAGCAGCAUCUAAGGGAGGACAUAUGAGUGUAGUGAAGGAGUUACUAGAAGCGGGAGCAGAUAACAUUCUACAAGAUAAGUCAGAAACACCAACGACAACAGCCCAUUGAUGUGGACAUACGAGUGUAGUGAAAAAGCUACUAAAAGCCAGAGCUGAUAUCAAUCAGCAAAGAGUACAAUACACCACUUGAUAGCAGCAUGUAAUAGUAGACAUAUGAAUGUAGUGAAGGAGCUUUAAACGUCGGAUCUGAUAUCAAUUAAAAGAGUGAUAUUAAUACUCAACAGACAGUAGCGUAUAUUGGAUGAUAUAUAGGGGGAGGGUAGUGAAGGAGCUUCUAGGGGUAGGAACUGGUCUAAAUGAAGUAAAUGGGUAUCAUAUACCAUAUGAUGGUGGGUUUAGUUUAGAUGUCUAUGUUAGACUUAAAGGGUGUGUCGGUUCUAAAGAGGGCACGCUGACUAUUGAAUAACUUUUUAAAGAAUCAAAGAUUUGUUUGAAUACCUAAAACGUGCUGAGAGGAAGAUUUUGCUGAGUAAAUCAAAUAAAUAUGAAAGAUUAGAAAAAAAGUAAUUCCGUAUAGUGUACAUUAAAAUAUUAUUGAAAUAAGAGCAUAUAACCUG